UGCUUCGACCGAAAAAUAUGGUUCCCACCUGAAGACCCUAUCGCCUGCAAACGAAACUACAAUCACAAUGGAGUAUGCUGCAAUAAAGAUUACUGCAACCUGAAUUUAUAUCCGGUUUUAGAGUCUUCCGACGUAUCGCCCGAAUUACCUAAAGGUAUAUUGAUAACCACGGGACAUAUGUGUAUUACGCCACGAUUGUGCGUGAAAAAACAGCUGUCGUCAUCACAACCCGAACCGCUGAUCUUCUGCAUGACGAGCAAUUCGAUAAAUACGACCUUUGUCAUCGAGUGCUGCAAAGAGGAUUUUUGCAAUCGGGAUCUUAAACCCGCGCUGCACCCUACCACGAGAGAAGGAGAGAAAUAUACUGUUCUCAGGUGUUACGAUAAGACGCGGUUCUUCCCAGCUCCCGAAUACUCAGUGUGGUGUAGCAACAAUGAGACUCUUCGAGGUCCUGGAACCGAGCAAUUUGUAAUCGCAUGUUGCGACAAUAAUGACUUCUGCAAUCGCGAGCUGCAGCCGUCGUUUUCUUCAUACAUUACGGGAAACUCUCGUGGUAUAUACAGAUUUGAAAGAGGAGAAGAAACUUGCAUCAGAAUUGGUGAGGUUAAGUACGCCUGCUCGAAUGAGAACUGCGACCGCGUGUUCUCGAACAAUGAAGCUAGGUACAUUCAUACUAAGUACCACUGCGGUAAACCGCCCAGGUUCAAGUGCUCCCAGUGCAACUACAAGUCUGUCAAGAAGCAGAAUAUUCUGACUCAUGCCAAGCGCCUGCAUCUUGAUGAUGACGCGAGGGUUAUUGAGCUCUACAACGCUUCUACUUCAGUGACUGCUGCGGGCGAUGGAGUCGCGGCUUGGGCCACCUGGAAAAUGGCACUGACGAUAGCGUUGCCGAUUUGUGCGAUCUGUGUGGUCGUUAUGGUGGUCUAUCACAUUCACAUGAGUCGACAGCGACCGGCAAGACACUUUCCUGAUGAUUCUAUGGAAGCGCCGGAGAGACCGAUCCUAGGAGGUGUUACUAUCCGGGACAUGCUGGAGAUGACGACCAGCGGUAGUGGUUCAGUAGGUUUGCCGUUACUAGUGCAGCGGAGUAUCGCUCGACAAAUUCAGUUAGUCGAGACGAUCGGCAAGGGCAGAUUUGGAGAAGUCUGGCGAGGAAGAUGGCGUGGGGAAAAUGUUGCAGUUAAGAUAUUUAGCUCACGAGAAGAAAGAUCUUGGUUUAGAGAGGCUGAGAUUUAUCAGACUGUCAUGCUCAGGCAUGAUAAUAUUCUGGGGUUCAUUGCUGCUGAUAAUAAAGACAAUGGAACGUGGACACAAUUGUGGCUCAUAACGGAUUACCACGAGAAAGGCUCGCUUUUCGAUUAUCUAAAUCGCUCAACAGUCGAUACGAAGGGUAUGAUGAGAAUGGCACUCACCAUGGCAACCGGUCUUGCUCACUUACACAUGGAGAUUGUUGGGACACAGGGUAAACCAGCAAUAGCUCAUCGUGAUCUCAAAUCUAAAAAUAUUCUUGUCAAAACAAAUGGCACGUGCGCUAUUGGUGAUCUGGGUCUUGCUGUGAGGCAUGACGUUAUUACAGACACCGUUGACAUUCAGCUUAAUAACCGGGUUGGAACUAAACGUUACAUGGCCCCUGAAGUCCUUGAAGAGACGAUAAACAUGAACCACUUUGAUGCUUUCAAGAGGGCUGACGUAUAUGCUCUUGGUUUAAUACUGUGGGAGAUUGCCAGAAGGUGUAAUGUAGGUGGUAUUUAUGAUGAUUACCAGCUACCAUUUUAUGAUCUGGUACCUUCGGAUCCUACUAUUGAAGAAAUGAGAAAAGUCGUUUGUACAGACCGACAGAGACCUUCUAUUCCUAAUAGAUGGCAAUCUAUUGAAGAGUGUUGGUACCACAACGCAGCAGCGAGGCUGACUGCUCUACGUAUUAAAAAAUCACUGGCCAACUACGGAUCGAUAGCAGACAUUAAGUAA